GGAACCAUCCAACUGAUCACCUUCUUAUCACGUUUCCGCCAGAAUCUCAUUUCGAAUAACCAUGAAGGCAUUCGCUCUGAUUUUGACCCUCGCUUUGGUGGCAUUUUCAUCGGCAGCAAGUAUCGAUCAUUCUGUAGAACAGCAGAGUAUAGCUGACCAUUCCGAAGAACAGAUUAUCUACGUCGAUGGUGUCCCAGUAAACGAGAUCGUUCGCCGAACACUGAGAUCUGGAAACGGAAAGAUCACUUUUGAAGUUAAAAAUGAAGGUGGACAGACUUCGUUUACCGUGAACGGAGAGGCUAAGGUUUGGAGCAGCAAAAAUGGUUACGUCAGCGUGACAGGCGGUGUACAUCAGCCAAUAGGUGGUGACGCUAAAGGACACGCUGGAGUUAAGGGCGAAUUCGAAUGGAGAAAGUGAAGUUAGAAUUAUUUAAUUUUUUUGUACUUACGAAUAUUUAAAAUUUGAUAUAUUAAAAAAUCUUAAUCCAGUAAA